ACCACUAAGGAAGUACAACCUCAAUCCUCCCAGCCCCACUCAACCAGCUCAACCAAGUCUAGAGAUGCGUGGAUUCAUUGUCCUGUGCCUUUCCGCCAUGGCGCUGGCCGCGCCCCAGGGCUACAACUACAACCCCGGCCCGUCCGGCUUCGGCGGCCUCAGCACGACCAGCAGCGGCGCCUCCUUCUUCCAGGGAGCCGCCCAGGUGGCCCCCGUCCAGGUGCAGCAGCACCAGCAGCAGCCGCAGGCCAUCUACCAGCAGCCGGCCGUGCAGACCCUCCACCACCAGCACCAGGUGCAGCAGGCGCAGCAGGUGCAGCAGGUCCAGCAGCAGCAGGCCAUCGUGUCCAAGCGGUUCUUCAUCCACUCCGCGCCCGAGGAGGCCGAGGACUACAAGGAGCGCCACAUCACCGUCGGCGUGCCCAAGCGCAACUACAACGUGGUGUUCAUCAAGUCGCCCCAGCGCAACAACAGGAAGACCAUCAAGAUCAGCCCCGCCGCCAACGAGGAGAAGACCGUCAUCUACGUGCUGAGCAAGAAGGGCGAGAGCGACGUGCAGGCCGAGGUCGUGGAGCAGGCCAGCUCCACCAGCAAGCCCGAGGUGUUCUUCAUCAAGUACAAGACCGCCGAGGAGGCCGCCCACGCCCAGCAGCAGAUCCAGGCCCAGUACGACGCCCUGGGCGGCAGCAGCCAGCUGACCGACGAGGGAGUGGCCCCCGUCACCUCCGUGAUCGGCGCCCUGGGAGGCGGUGAUGGGCACCUGGAGGCCGGGUCCGCCGUGGGCGGCACUGGAGCAGGCCAGAUCAUUUCCUCCGGCGUCUCCGGAUCGCACACGGGCAAUGCCUACCUGCCACCCAAUUUCUAACCAUUGAGCAUGGUUUCCCCAAACCAACUUCGCACACUCUGUGAAAAUUGUUGUUAAUAAUAAACUUUUAUUGCUGUUGAAUUUAA